GAUCUCAAAAGUCUAAUCGAGAACAAAGAAGAUGUCCAAUAUUCCAAAGAACAAAUGCUGGAACUCUACAAAGAAGUAAUGUAAAUUAUAUUAGUAAACUCUAGUGUUAGAUCCUAUAAACUAGAAUGCUAGAGUUCUAUCGUUUCAACAGACAUUUUGAGCAUUUUCAACAGAUUAUGCCUCCUUAUUCUCUUCCUAUCAAUAAGGAAUCAAUUGGCUAAUUAUUUAAUAGUUAACCAAAAGUGAAUUCAUUACAACAAAUUAUAAAUUUGCAGGAAAAUCAUCAUACUAGGUAGUAGCCACAAACAUCGAAGUAGAAAAACACUCAAAAGUUUGAGUUUCAAGAGAAGUGCAGAAAAAAAUAGGAUUCAACAGAAUUUUUAUUCUCAAAUUGA